GUGGAAGGUUCUAUUCUGAAUCUCAUAGACAGAAACAUGCUGUCUACCAUCCUCCGUAACAACACCAAAUCCUCCAUAUCGUCCUAUUCAAGAACUCCUCCGAAAAGCACCAAACCCCCAACAAAAUCAAAGCUUUGAAUUCACUCCUCUCUCUCUCUCUCUCUCUCUCUCUCAUGGUGAAGCACAAAAAAAGUAAGUAGUUAGCAAAGGAUUAUUGCGAGAAAGUCUGAGAAAAGACAACCCUCCAUCCACCAUACCCCAACUCAGUUUCUUGAAGACAACCAUCUCACCAAACACUCCAUUAAACAAACCCAUUGCAGUAAGUCUUCUCCUCCUGAUUCGUUUUCUUUCCUUUUCUCUCUUUCUUUCUUUCUUCUUCUCUAUAAUAUAUUGGUUCUCAAUUCUCUCUUCUCCUCAUCCGGGUCUCUUUUCUGUUCUUUCUCAUGCAGACAUCUCGCCGGAAAACAGCUCUCUUUCCAGCUGAAAUCGUCGCCAUGAAGCAAGCCGGGGGUGGCCGCAAGAGCAACAACCUCUCUGUCUUUGUGGUCGUCUUCUCCAUUUUUCUAUUUGGUUGCUUCAUGUACAAUGAGGACGUCAAGUCCAUUGCCGAGUUCCCAUUUUCAAGGCCCAUGGGGCAGGAAAUUCAAGAGGAUGGAUCCAAAUCCGGCGACCCAGUUCAAGAAAGUAACAGCAACGAAGUCGAUUCUACGGUUUGGAUCGGUUCGAGAAUGAAGCCCAGAUCACAGAUGUCUGAGGAGACCCAAGAACCGGAAAAUCUGUCGCUGACGGUGGCCAAGCAAGAAGAGAAGAAUAUCGAAUUGCCGGUGGUUGAAGAGGAAGAAGACGACUCAGACGUGGAGUUACCACCGGAGGAUUGCGAUGUCUUCAAUGGAGACUGGGUCUAUGACAACGUCACCCACCCACUCUACAAAGAAGAUGAAUGCGAGUUCCUUACAGAACAAGUCACCUGCAUGAGAAAUGGCAGACAGGAUUCCACCUACCAGAACUGGAGAUGGCAGCCCAGACAAUGCUCUAUGCCCAAGUUCAAACCAAGAUUACUGCUUCAGAAACUCAGAGGCAAGAGGCUCAUGUUUGUUGGAGACUCACUGAAUCGAAACCAGUGGGAAUCCAUGAUUUGUCUGGUUCAAUCCGUCGCGCCUCCUGGCCGGAAAAGCCUGACGAAGAAUGGGUCUCUCUCAAUCUUCAGAAUUGAUGACUACAAUGCUACGGUCGAGUUCUACUGGGCUCCAUUCCUUGUGGAGUCAAAUUCAGACGAUCCAACGAUGCACAGCAUUUUGAACCGCAUCAUCAUGCCCGAAUCAAUCGACAAACACGGACAGAACUGGAAGGGAGUUGACUACCUGAUCUUCAAUACCUACAUAUGGUGGAUGAACACUUUCAAGAUGAAAAUACUACGAGGAUCCUUCGAUCAAGGGUCCACGGAGUACGACGAGAUCGAACGGCCGAUAGCGUACGGGAGAGUUCUGAGAACGUGGGCCCAGUGGGUCGACCAAAAUGUGGAUCCUAACCGCACAUCUGUCUUCUUCAGCAGCAUGUCUCCUCUCCAUAUCAAGAGUUUGGAUUGGGACAACCCGGAUGGCAUUAAAUGCGCCAAAGAGACGUACCCGAUUUUCAACCUCACGACCCGACUAGAUGUCGGUACCGAUCGGCGAGUCUUCGCCGUCGCUGUGAACGUGACUCAGUCGAUGAAGGUGCCGGUAUAUUUCGUUAAUAUUACGAGCUUAUCGGAGCUUCGGAAGGACGCCCACACCUCCGUUCACACCAUCCGGCAGGGUAAGUUACUGACUCCGGAGCAACAGGCCGACCCGAUGAACUUCGCCGAUUGCAUCCACUGGUGCCUUCCCGGGUUACCCGACAUGUGGAACGAGUUCCUUUAUUCACGUAUUAUCUCUCACUCUUGACAAUGGCGGACUCUCAAUUUUUUUUUUUUCCAUUUUUCUAAUUAAUUUCUGUAAUUUUUUUUUCUUAAUGUGGGGACCAUGGGGUUGAACCGAUUUAAUUUUUUUUUUUUCCUUUUGAAUUUUGGGGUUCAGCCUAUUAAAGGGGGGAAAAUUUGGCAAAGCCUGAAAAUGAAGGCUCGGGAAUGGGAAUGCAAUGGGAAUGGGAAUGGGGUACAUGUGAAGAAAUUGUAAAAUGAAUUUGUUGAGAAGGAAAUAAAGUGAAUACAAAGUUGUACCUAA